CCACACUUCAUUUUUCUUUGAUAUCCCGACAGAUUCGGAGUGAAAAAUGGCAGCAUCAGAUGGGUUUCCUGCCAGUUUCUAUGGGGAACCAGGAGUUUUAGGCAUGCUGUCAAAUGGGAUCAGUGCAUUCCUUGUACUUUUACAGAACUUCUAUACAGCUCACAAUGGCAAAGCUCCAGUUGGAAUAGAGAACAUUCUUGCAGGUGUACAUCUCAUCCUGAUUGGUGGGGUUUGCCAGUUGGUGGCUGGACUGCUCUCCUUCCGUAAAUACGACCAUCUGAGCGGUACUGCUUUCAUUGGCUAUGCUGCUCUUUGGGGCAGUUAUGGUGCAACCAGAAUCUACUAUGGUGCCUUGUUUGAAAAUCCAAAUAUGACAUCAACAACAGAUCAGAUGCUGAGCAAUUCAUCCUUCGACAUGAUGAGCAACAUGUCUCUCAAUGAUUCCAGGCAGUGCUACUUAUGUCUGUCCAUAGAAGAGUCAGCCAUUGCUGGGCUAGUUCCCUACAUCCUGCUCUCAUUUCUUCUUGCAUUUUGUUCUGCCACAGUCAACUACAUCAUGCCUUUUGUUUUUGGAGCCAUCACUGGCACUUUGAUCUUUGAAGCAGUUGCUCUGGCAGCAGACUCCUGGGCUCUGAUAGUCUCUGGGGUUCUGGAGUUACUCAUUUUGAUGUUUGCCAUCUAUGGUUCAGCUGCUCUUCUCAUCAAAGGUCUGACUCAGCGUCUAGCCCUGAAAGGUUUUGGGACCCCUCUCUUUAAUGUUCUUCUACUAGGGACCCCCAACACAGGAAAAGCCCAGAGUGGAGGUCAAGAGAAAAAGAAAAACACAAAAUAUGCAGAACCAAUGGCUCUAGGUUACUUCUGUGACUCCAUUGCUCCAUUCAUCUUUGCUUUCUACAGCUUUGGGUACAUGAAAUCAUUUGGCUUAGGGGUUGCAUGGGUCUCAAUCAUCUCAGUUGCCCAGCUGUUCUCCAGCUACUAUGCCCAUCUGCGCCAAGAUUGCUACCACACCACAAAGUUUGGGUUCCAUGCCACAUAUUGGCUGAUCAAAGCUUGGGAUGAGUUUGUUGUGUCUGUUCUAAUAGUGGAGGAGAGUAAAGUUGUCUCUGGCAGGGAAGCAAUGGUAGGAGACUGGUUCUUUGUGGCGGCAGCCUUGGUGCUCUGUGUGGGGAGCCUGAACAUGGAUGUCCUGGAACUGAUCCAUAACUUGUUCUUUGUCCUUCUCACCAUCUCUACAAUCCCUCAGAUCCCACUGCAGGGUUACUACAUCUUCUUUGGUGUAGCUUGUUCUCUCUUCACUGCAGUCUCUAUCUAUGGGACCUUCACCCGUCUCAUCAACACCAUUGCAGAAAAGUCUCUCAUACCUGUAGGACCUCAGCCAGUGUCCUCUGAGAAAUUGAAAACUGCUUUAGGAUGUAGAUCCAAACACGGAGAUCAGGAUGUGCUGUCACAAACUGAUCAGACCUCAGAUGCUCUGUUCUAUCUUCUAAACGGGGUUGCAGCUCUGUCAGCUCUUCAUUCAAGAAAGAUGAGUUUGAACCCUUCCCUCCUGCACCUGACCAUCCCCUGGGUCCUGAUAUCUGGAGCCAUCAUCCAAGCCUAUGUCAGCAGGUUGCAAGUGACAGGAGGCGGCCGCUUUGGAUCAGUCAUCUCCUCAAUCUAUGUGGUUGUCUGGGCAACAUGGACAUGGUUUAGAUUUGCAGGUAACCAGCUUGAGUUCUCCACUGAGGCAGAUUAUGGUUUUACAGCAGGAGCCAUCGCCUUCCUGGUUAUUAAUGCUUUCCUGAUAUUGAUUGCUGCCUAUAAAAACUUGGUUCUUCUGUUUCUAACUACACUCAUGGAGGUGGUUCUUGUCUGCUUCCUUCUCUCCACUCUGCACAAACUGCCGUAUGAGCUUGAAAGUAAGUUAGUAUGA